AUAUUGAUCAGACACAAUAAGAUCAAAACAGAGAAAAAGCAAAAAAAUAGAAUAAAAGAAGUUAAAUAAACAUCCGAUCAAAAUGGGUAGCAGCAGAAGCAAUGUUGCAGUAAAGAUAGUGUUGGCAAUGUUGGUAAUUGCAAUGAUAAGUGGUGCUCAAGCAAAGCCUGUGUGUGGCGUAGACCACUAUGAUCUGAUUGAGAGAUGUUAUCCGACGACAACCCUGACACCACCUCCUCCACCAAGCCAGCAAUGCUGUGAUAUUGUUAAACGUACCGAUUUGCUUUGCCUGUGCAAGUACAGGUUUAUGCUCCCUACCUUUGGAAUAGACUAUGCUCGUGCCAUUGAAGUGCCUGGAAAAUGUGGCAUCCCUCAACCUAAAUGUUAGGUGCAACUUCAUGGCCUCCAUGCAUAUGGUUGAUUAGAAGGUCUUAUUCGAGUUAUUCUGCUGUAAACCUAUUUUUUGAUGCUCUUUUUCAGUCUCCAUUUUCUUCAUGAGUCAGGAUGACGUACUAUAUAUGUAUUUGAGAAAAAAUUUUCAAUUCUAAGAAAAAGAUUAUAUUAUAUUUAUAUAUAUUAAUAACGAAUCUUGUUACUUCUCGUUAA